GAGGUUGACAUCUGUCAAAAUCAUAUGUUUUUGUUUUUCUUCUCAAGUUCUUUAAUUUACAAGAUACAUACACCUAAUUUACCUUAGGGAUAAUCGAGGGUAUAAUGUUAUAAAAAUUUGCAAAUAAAAAUGAGUACAAAUCUUCAAUCUCCAACAAAACUAACGGAAUUUGCACCCUUGCAAGUUGAGGAAAAACCACAAACUGUUGGACAAUAUAUUUCCAAGUUUUUUAAUUUAGGCAAAACUGCUGAAAAACCUAAUGAAGGGGAGACUGAAGUUAAUGGCGAAAAACUGCCUAAUUGGGUUGUCGAUUCCGCCUUGGAGGCAAAGCAUGUUGAUCCUGACAAUGCACAAAAUGUUUAUCCUGUAGAUUUUAAUGAAGGUCGAAGUUUACCCAAUGUGUUGAAACGAAUAAGCAAUUUAAUUGCGUUAAAGACCACAAGCUUGCAAAAUUAUGGUGAAACAGAGCUAAAACAGUACUGGAUGCCAGAUUCUGUCAGCAAAGAAUGUUACGAAUGUUGUGAGAGAUUUACAACAUUUAAAAGAAGACAUCAUUGCCGUGUUUGUGGACAGAUCUUUUGUUCACAAUGUUGUAAUCAACAGAUACCUGGAAAAAUUAUAGGUUGUACUGGAGAUUUAAGAGUUUGUACAUAUUGCUGUAAAGUGGUACUUUCAUAUCUUCAAUCAUCCGAUGUUGGUGCUGAUUUAACAGCAGAUUUAAGAAUUUUACAGGAGAAUUUGCAGACUAAAUUUGGUGAUAGUUUAUCACCAAUAUCUAGACAAGAAUCUGUUACAAAAAAUUCAAAUUUAAAUCCAAAUGAAGGGGUUAGUAUAAAAAGAAAGAUAUCAGUUGGUUAUCAGGAAGAAAAAUUUGCUUCAGAAAGUUCUGUUUCUUAUAUAACAGCAGAGGAAAAGAUUAGGGCAUUGCAAAACUCAACAUCACUUCGUAAUUUAUAUGAAGAUAUUUGUAAAUCUAAUACUGGGGUACCUCUUAAAACCCACAGGUAUAGAUUAAGGAACUAUUAUAAUUGUUUUUUGGGUUCAGAAUUGGUGGAUUGGCUAAUAUUUCAACAAAAAGCAAAAACAAGGAUUCAGGCAUCAACAAUAUCACAGGCCCUUUUGGAAGGAGGUUAUAUUGAAUGUAUAUCUGAACAUUGCACAUUUUUGGAUGGUUAUGCUUUAUAUAAAUAUGGAAACCUUUUAUCGUUAAAUGUCUUAGACAAAAUCAACAAUUUAAUCGCGCCUUUUCAAGAUGAACCCAUUUGGGUUCAGCAGAUACCUCAUGAAUCAAGCACCACAGAUUCCGAAAAUGAGCAUGUAUCACCUGGACAUAGGGUUUCUAAAUUAACUGCAUCCUCUUCUUUUAUGCUAGACCUAAACGUGGGGGCCAACACUGUUUAUCUUUCGUGUCCUUUGGAAGAAUCGCCCUUGGAAACGAACCCACCCGAUUUGACUACGAGUGUUUCUGAAAGCAGUAAAGAAACGAUAGAAGUUAGACCUGAACAGCGAGAAAUGGUUCCAGAGUCAGGUUGGCAUAAUACCCCAACAUUAAGAGAGGAAAAUGGUGAAAAAUACGCAUACAAUCUUUUAACGGAAACAUACGAACUGCACAAGCAAAAUUUGCUAAAACAAUUGCUAGUGUCAAUGGGGGUCUCUCUGUCUUGGUGUGAAGUUAUACUAACAUUGUUGCCAGAUAUUGUUAAUAACAUUCGACCAGAUAAAAAUCAUGAUGCAAUAGAUUUGGACAUAAGGCUGUACAUUCAGUUUAAAAAACUACCGGGUGGUGCACGUUCUGACACUAUUUUAUUAAGGGGAAUAGUUUUUACGAAAAAUGUUGCCCACAGGGAAAUGUCAACCGAAAUAGAAAACCCGAAAAUACUACUAUUGCAAUGUGCUAUCGUCUAUCAGAGAAACGAAGGCAGGUUAAUGUCUCUAGAACCAGUUUUGAUGCAGGAACACGAAUAUUUGCGACAUGUUGUGGCGCGUAUUGCGGCGCUACAACCAGACAUAGUCCUCGUGCAACGAAACGUGUCCAGGCUAGCACAAGAUUUACUGAGACAGUGCAAGAUUGUGCUUGUUCAUAAUGUAAAGCAAACAGUAAUGGAAAGAUUGUCGAGGUGUACCGAUGCAGAUUUAGUAACCGCAGUGGACGCACACAUAGGCAGACCUAGAUUGGGGACGUGUAAGAAAUUCUAUGUGAAAAAAUUCGAGGUCGAAAAUGGACCGCCUAAAACUCUAAUGUUUUUCGAUGGUUUACCUUUGCCGCAUUUGGGUGGUACGGUUUUGUUACGAGGCGCCUCGAGGUCGGUUUUAUCAAGGCUUGAAAAAGUUGCCUCCUUCAUGCUUUUCACUGCGUACAACUGGCGCUUGGAAAAAUCUUUUCUAAUGGACGAGUUCGCGCAACCUCCAAACACAAAGUGCGAAUUUUUGGAUGAUAGCAAGGAAAAUUCACCGAAAUUACCUGAUGCCAAACCGAUUGCACUCGACGUCAAAUUGUCGGAGUCGACCCCGGUAAAGGGUGAAAAAAUUGAACACGAAGGCAAAAAGAUUUUGUCCGAAGAAAUAAAAGAUUUUACCGAUCCUCUACAUUCCACUUACGACAAUUCAGAAUCGCAAAAAACGACGGAACAAUUUUCUGUUGCGGAAUUGCCCUUUUCCAAUAAUUUUCGCAAAGCUUUGGAUGACACUAUUUUAUGCAUUUCUCCCUACACCCUUUUUCCCAUUCCUUACCUGGAAACAGAAGUUGGUAAGAAGUGCAGUUUAAGAAGAUUUUUUCCCACAGAAAUUUAUUUUAGCGAGCAGUUUAAUGAUAAUAAUGAUAGAAAAAGCAAAUGGAAGGAGGAAACUGAAGUGGUUUCCAAAAACAUUUCAACAGCUGAGAAAAAGAAACCUUUGCAUCCAUUUCUGACGGCAAAAAUUACUACAAGCGUGGAAGACACCAACGUGCAAAAUUUGCUCGCCAAUUUCAGAGCAUGCGGUGGAAACUACAAAAAACGCGAGUUUAUCAAAGAAAAACCAAACAAAACCGAAUCAAAAGGAGUGUUGAAGGUGAUUGACAUUGACAGACUUGAUGUUCUUAGUCCGUUAAAUCACCAAAGGCUGGCAGUACUGUUCUGUAGUUACAGCAAAGAAUCCAGAAAUUCUCCUGCGUUUUGUGUUAAUCCUUGGGUUGUGUAUAUGGAUUUUUAUGCUAGAAAUGAUAUCCCAUUAGGUUGUUUUUUGGAACGUUAUUGUUUUCGUUCUACCUAUAUGUGUCCUUCCACCACUUGUGAAACGCCCAUGGAUAAACAUGUCAGGCGUUUUGUUCAUAAUUCAGGUUGUGUUAGUAUAUCUUUAAACAAUUUUGACAACGAAUUCGAAGAAGACAGCAUAGUAAUGUGGUCUUGGUGUACAAAAUGCCAAAGUGUGUCACCUGUAGUUCCAAUGUCGGCGGAUACGUGGUCGUACUCGUUUGCUAAAUAUUUGGAGCUCAGGUUUCAUGGAGAUAUUUAUAGCAGAAGGGGACAGUACCCGUGUUUACACAGUUUGCAUCAUGAUCAUUACCAUUAUUUCGGGUACAAAAACUAUGUCGCUUCGUUCAAAUAUACUUCCGUUAAUAUUUGGGAAAUAUCACUGCCAUCUCCGAUCAUAUCUAUAAAUUACAACAUCGAUAAACUUCAUAACGAACUUAUAGACGAAGUUAAAAUGUCGGCUCAAAAGGGUCAUGAAAUUUUUUCCAUGAUCCUGGACAAACUUUCCUCAAUCUUCUCAGACGAUGCAGAAACAAUGACCAACUUUAAACAACUUAUUUUGAAGGAUCAAAGUCAUUUUAAACAGGUUGUGGAGGAGGUCCAAUUGAAAUUGACAUCUCCUACCAUCGAGAAUAAGAAAUUUACCGAAAAAGAUCUUCAUAUUCCUCACUGGAGCAUUCUCGACACCCUGACAAAAAUAAAAAGGCUCAUAGUCGAAACUGUAGAUUCCUGGAACGUGAGACUGAUGGAGGCAACUCGCAGGAAAGAGACCGAUAAAAAACGGGAAAAAUCGAUCAGUUCUGAGUUUGAAAGUUCCACAGCCUUGGAAGAAAAGCUUACUAAUAUCAGCGACAGUGAAUCAAUUGUGGAAAACAUACAGGAUGCUAUAGAAUGCGUAUUAGAGGAAAAUGAAAAUAAUAAAAAAUUGUUGAGGACACAUUCUGAUGGUACUUUGUUGGGUUUUAAUGAAGAACAAGUUGAUGUUAAAAAGGAUUCUGAUAAAAAAACUGUAAAGACUAUUUUGUCACAGUUAUUGCCGACGUCCAGUGCUUCUGUGAUUAUUCCAGUUCCAUUUAGUACUCAGGAACAUUACAACCUACCCUUAGGAGUUAAUGGACCCAUAAUAGUCUAUGAGAAUGAACCAAGUUCCAUUGUAGCCUAUGCUUUGAAUUCUUUUGAAUAUAAAAAAUCGUUUGACGAGUAUAAAAAACCGUCCGUUUCAGAACUAACUUCUAGUCCUCUUAAUAAAAGGAGGGGAACUGCUGAAAAGGAUACUGCCAAAGAUGGUGACGAUAAAUCUUCAGGACUUUUGGGAUUUUUAAGGUCCAAGGAGCAAAAUGUUCUAACCACCUCCACCUCUUCAAAUCAAUCUGGAGAUCCACCAGCUGCUGUAUUGGAUAAAAAUGAAGAUGUUAAAAAGAGUAAAAAUACUAACAUUGAAGUCCAGUUCCAGGAUUCCAACUGUAAUUUUUUCUGUCGAAUUUACUUGGCGGAAAAAUUUGCUGCUUUAAGAUCGAUGGUACUUCCUAUUGGCGAGGAGGCUUACAUAAGAUCACUGUCAAGAUCCGUGCAGUGGAAUGCUAGAGGAGGAAAAUCUGGAUCUAAUUUUUCCAAAACAACAGAUGAUCGUUUUAUUCUAAAAGAAAUGUCCAAAAAUGAAGUUCAAUUAUUCCUGGAAUCGGCUUCAAACUACUUUGCGUACAUGCAACGGUGUUACACUGCUGGUCAGCCAACAUUACUUGGGAAAAUUGUCGGUAUUUACCAAAUUAUAUUUAAGAAUAACAGCAACAUUACCCUGCGUACUAACUUAUUGGUCAUGGAGAAUUUAUUCUACAACCGGACGGUAUCUCAGAAAUUUGACUUGAAAGGUUCCAUGAGAAAUAGGUUGGUACAUCCAGAGAACCAGGAGGGGGAAAUUGUUUUGUUGGAUGAAAAUUUAUUAAAAAUGACUUGUGAUAAUCCAUUAUACAUUCUACCUCAUUCAAAAUCAGUAUUAAUAGCUACAAUACAAAAUGAUACUGAAUUCUUAUCAACCCAGUCCGUUAUGGACUAUUCUUUACUUGUGGGCUUAGAUACUGAGAAAAAAGAGCUUGUAUUGGGAAUAAUAGAUUAUAUAAGAACUUUUACGUGGGACAAAAAGAUCGAGACAAUGGUAAAAAAGACAGGAAUUUUGGGUGGACAAGGUAAAUUACCUACGAUAAUUUCUCCAGAAGAAUACCAAAAACGAUUUAUAGAAGCAAUGCAUAAGUAUUUCUUAGAAGUACCUGAUCAUUGGGCUGGUUUAGGAAGGGGAUUAGAAUCUAUUCAUUUAUAAAAAAUAUUUAGGUUGUUCAUUUUUUAAAUUUAAAUUUAUCAAUUAUUUGUGAUACUAAAUGUAUAAUUAUACCAAAACAUUAUGCAUGUUAGUAUGUGGUAAUUAAGUGUAAAUAUUAAAUUAUAAGGAUGAAAUACAUUUAUUAUUAUUGUGAUUGCUUUAAUUUGUAGGUUUAUAGUUUUAGAUUUAAUUUUAUUUACAUGAACUAAUGCUUUUAAUUUAAAUAUGUAUUAAAAUAGUUUGGUUGAAUACCUAAUAAAUGUUUAUUUUUAA